UGCGUCCAUGUCCGUGUGUGUGUUCACUAAUGAAUGCAGUAGUAGUUAGUGUAUCUCGUUCGUUUGCCUUUCCACUGAACUACCCAAGUUAUUAUAACACAUUGUCGUUUAAACAUCGUAGCGAGCAUACACUUGAGCACGGCCUGAACAAUAUUUGUUAGCAAGCCAAAUAGUAAGCCAGUAUUCCCCUCUGUAAACAGUCGAAUUCAAGAGCUCAAGCCAAAGAGUACUCGAGCGCAUUGUAGAAACACAAAUUAUCAUUAUUACUAUUCAUUCUUAUUAUUAUUAUUAUUAUAGUAAUUGUAAUUACAUAUGAUUAUAUUGUUCCAUUAACAACACAGUUCGUUCGGUCUUAUUAAAAGAAACAACAAACCAACCGUCUUAUUAGUGUUUUAUUUCAAUAAAUACAAAACUAAAAUAACAAAAAAUAAAUAAAUACAUUUGUAUAUUUAUGUAUAUUAAAGAAUUAUUUAAACAAAUAAUGAAAAUAUAGAAAAAAAAACAAAACAAAACACCAACUGGAAGAACAAAUCACGGCAGAAGUAAACGGAAUAAAAGUGAAAAUUAAAUAAAAAGUGCAAAGAAAACAGAGCACAAACAAAAAAAAAAAAACUAAUUUACAAAAAUAAAUGAAAUAAAUUCAAAUACAAGUGCAAGUGCAGGUUUGAAAUUAGAAAAUAAAAAAAUUGUAAUUUCAAAUACCGAACCAAUAACAAAACAAUUCAAUGAAAUGAUGAAACCUGUAGAAAUCAAGUCCUUCUUUGCAAAACUGUAAAAAAAUUAACAAAACUAUAGAAACUAAGAAUUAAAAAUCAAUAAUACAUCAUCAGUUAAUCCACUCUUGGAAUUUUCCAGCUGAGUGGUAUCGUUACGUUUAGUUUUUUUUGUUAUUAUUUUGUUUUGGAUAGACUUUUUUCGAUAUAACGCGUUUUAAAAAAUCGUCAUCAUAACGGCUCAACUUUUAAAUAGUUUCCUUAAGGGAUCGCCCCAUCAGACGACGAUCGAUAUAAUGCAAAAGUUAUACUCGGAGACGCCGACCAGCGGACCCGUUAGCAUGACUAGCCAGUCGUCGGGUUCUGGGGCGGCAGGUGGUGGCGGCGGUGGCGGAAAUAAUUCAGGAGGCGGCGGCAACAACUCAGCCAAUAACACAAAUGUUCAAAAUCCCAACAGCAAUAUUGCCAAUGUCACUAACGGCGGGAAUAUGAGUCCGCUAGCUCGAGCUCCGUAUAGUAUGAAUGCCAUGAGCAUGCCAGUCGGAGGUGGCAUGUCUUCAGUAUCGCCACAGACUGCAGCGACAUUUGGAUCUAGUGUUUUGGAUUCCGCAGCAGCGGUAGCGAGUAUGGGUGGAUCAAUGGGUGCAGCGGCGGCUAUGAACUCCAUGGCCCAAAACUGCAUGACACCAAGUAGCAUGAGUUAUGCUUCUAUGGGUUCUCCUCUUGGGCAGAUGGGUAAUUGUAUGGGAGGUGGAAUGUCCACCAUGGCAGCGAUGGGUGGUUAUUCGUCAAUGGCCGCCGCUGCAAGUGCUCGAGAUUUAGACGCUGGUUCUCCAAAUUCCCUCAACCGAUCUCGGGUGGAAAAGCCAACGACAUACCGACGGAGUUAUACCCAUGCUAAACCACCAUAUUCGUAUAUUUCACUCAUUACAAUGGCCAUACAAAACAAUCCCACACGCAUGCUUACGUUGUCCGAGAUCUAUCAGUUCAUCAUGGAUCUGUUUCCAUUUUACCGACAAAAUCAGCAGAGGUGGCAAAACUCCAUCAGACAUUCUUUGUCUUUUAACGACUGCUUUGUUAAGAUUCCUCGUACUCCCGAUAAGCCUGGCAAGGGAUCUUUCUGGACCUUACAUCCAGAUUCGGGAAAUAUGUUCGAGAAUGGCUGCUAUUUAAGGCGGCAAAAAAGAUUUAAAGAUGAGAAAAAGGAAGCCAUAAGACAACUGCACAAAUCCCCUUCACAUAGCAGUUUAGAAGCCACAUCACCAGGGAAGAAAGAUCACGAUGACUCCCAUCAUAUGCACCAUCACCAUCAUCACAGUAGGCUGGAGCAUCACCAAUCGCAUCACCAUCAUAAAGAUGGCGGUUUAGGUGGGACUUUGGGGUCUGCUCACAGUAAAGACGCUGAAGCUUUAGCCAUGCUCCAUGCCAAUGCAGAACUGGCAUGUUUAGGCCAACAGGCACAGCACGCACCUGCUCAUCAUCAGCAUCACCAUCAGCUCCAGCAAGAAGAACUUUCCAGCAUUACAAGUAUGGUUAAUAGAUGUCAUCCCUCAUUGAUUAGUGAUUAUCAUUCGUCAAUGCAUCAUUUAAAGCAGGAACCCUCUGGCUACGCACCUCCCAGCCAUCCGUUCUCCAUUAAUCGGCUGUUACCCACAGAAUCGAAGGCUGAUAUUAAAAUGUACGACAUGAGUCAGUACGCUGGCUACAAUGCUCUAAGCCCUCUCACCAAUUCACACGCUGCCUUGGGUCAAGAAUCUUAUUACCAAAGUUUGGGUUAUCACGCACCAGCCGGUACGACCAGCUUGUGACAUCAUCAGUAUCCCUUGGCUUAAGGAAGAGCGGAACAGAUGCUGCGUAACAACAAUUCGAGCGCAAUUCCAAGUGCAAAUACGACAUUAAGCUCAAGCUCGUGCACUACAAACAGCAGCAUCUUUUCUGGUGCCAACCAUCACUUGCAACAAAAUCAAAAUGAAGCAACGUCACCACCAUCGUCGUCAUCAUCACAGCAGCCACAGCCACAUCAUCAGCAACAUUUACAAAAUUCACAACAAUCAGCAGCAGCCUCCUCCUCAGCAGCGGUUAAUUUUUACAAUCAAAAACUUAAGGCGGCGGCAUAUUUAAACAGCAAAAUGGUCGCAGCUCAUCACCACCACCAUCAUCAUCACCAAAACUUGUUGCAAAGUCAGUUGACACCAAGCGAUUUACAGGAGGAUUCGUCCAAUAUCACAAGCGAUCUGAACGACGAUCACCUGCAACAAGUCCACCAACAGCAACAGCAGCAACUUUACAACAACUACCAGCAAUAUGCAGCAGCUGCCUCUUCCUAUCGCAACUGGAAUCAUACGUUGAGCCUAAAUGGUGCGGCGGCAUUGCAAAACCUUCUAUAGCAGUAACAGGCUAACAGGCAUUCUAAAGUGACCAUAUCCGUUCUUCUCCAGCUAACUACAUUCAAACUUGCAGUUGUUGUCAAAUAUGUAUUUAUGUAUGUAUAUCCCUUCUACUAGACAAAGUCAUACAAUGACGAACGCACCCAAAUUUGGAUCUUUCACCGCCAUUAGCAGCAAAACCUCCACCAACAGACACAUUCCAUUUAACGACUGUGAGAUUCAUAGAGACACAGAGGUGGUUAACCUUUAAGCCUAUUCAAAAGCAGUACUCAUGCAACUCCUCAUUUAUUGGCGGCAAGUUCCCUUAAUGGAAAUCUGUCAGACGUGGUCCCUACACAUGCCGAUACAUUUUAGCAUUUGUUUGCACCUUCAUGCUUGAAAAUUAUCAUAAAUAAUCUCAAAGAGCAACACACAUUUUAAAAAACACAUUAACAAAAAAAUCAUGUAAAUAGUACUUUUUAUAUUUUUAUUCUUUAUUUUCUACAACAACAACAACAUUAUUUUAUUUUAUUUUUGCCUUAUUUUUUUUUUAACUGUUAUUAACGAUAAUUUUUUAUUAAAAAAUUUUGAAAAGUCUUUCGGUUGGACUUUUUAAAGCAGCAAUCAAAAGUGAUGUAGUUUUAAGCAUUUUUUAUAAUAAAUAUUUUAUUAAUAAUAAACAAAUUUAACAUAAUAGAAAUAUAAGCCGUGCCAUGAGUUUGUUUUUACAUUUUCUUGUAUUGCGUGUACAUUUAGUUAAACUGAGAAAAUCAAUCAAUCAAUCAAUUAAUUAAUCAAUCAAUGAAAUUUAUAAAAUGAUUAUGUAGAACUUUAAAGCAUUUACAUAAGUGUAAUUUCUCUUUUCGGAAUACAAUUCUCACUAUUCUCACUAUUUAAGCAAAAUUUCGAAUUCACAAACUGAACAAAAACCAAAAAUGAAUCCUCAAAUUAAUGUCUGUAUGUCUCAUCCGCUUUAAAAUUGAUUAUUUUUUUUACAUCUUUGUACGAAAAUUUCGUUUCAAUUUAUUUUCAUUCUCAAAUACGAGCAUUACGAGUAUUAUUCUUUGUUUCCGUUCUUCACAAAAGAAAUGUAUAAAAUAUGUAUGUAAACAAAAAAAAACACAAAAAAAAACUAAAAAAAACAAACCUUAAACUGAGAAAAAACUUAGCAGUAAUUUUUUAUUAUUAACAAUACAUGUACAUUUUAUUAACAUUUAAGCUUAAAGAUUUACGAAAAAAAUGUUUUAAAUUUUUAUUAUUAAAUGCAGAAAAUACAAAUAAAUAUAUGCAAUUAUUAUUCCAUAAAUUAAAACUAAUCAUACAUUUUUUAAUGAAAACAAAAACAAGAAAACCAAGAAAAUAAAACAAUUAAAGCUAAGCUAAAAUCAGAAAGUAAAUAUUAAAGAAAACAACAAAAAAUAAAAUCUAUUUAAAAAAUCCUAUAAAAUAAAAAAUUAACUUGUUAAUACUGUAUUUAAAUCCGUAUAAAAUUUAGCAUAAAAGAAACUAAUUAAAUUUAGUUAAAAUUUAAUAAAACAAGAAAAACAAUUCUUCUUUAUAAAAAAUAAAAACAAAAAUAAA